AUGGGAAGUAAACCUCGGGCCAAAGCAACUCCCCGCGUCUCCAAUCCCAAGGUUUUGCUCCGUAUACAGAUUGCUGUCGAUACAGCCCUCGGCGCAAAAGCCCCAGGGCCGUGGGUUGCAAACUACCGUGCCAUUGACCUCUUCCGCCAGAAGGCUUUCAGUAAGCCCGACGUCGCCAGCAGUAAUCCCCAUGUAACUCUUCACUACAACGUCAGUCUGACUGCUGCGACUGAUGUCCGUAACCCCCAUCCAUUACAAAACCUCGUGUUCUCUCCUCUGUCAAAGAAGAGCACGGAUGUCGGCACGGCAGUUCUUUCCAACUCACCUCCUCCGAGACACGGCGUCUCUCUCCCACCCAACAGCUGGCACGUCUUAGCGAGGAGGCGUGCCUCGCCUGACAGCGGCCAAGGCGAGGGCGGGUGA